UCAGCAGCAGCAGCGAAAGCACAGCGGCCAUGAAGCGUCCGAAGCUGAAGAAAGGCAGUAAGCGCCUGAGCUGCCACAAGCGCUACAAGAUCCAGAAAAAGGUGCGGGAGCACAAUCGGAAGGCGAGGAAGGAGGCCAAGAAGAGCGGCACCAGGAAGCAGAAGAAAGAGAUCUCCGUUCCUAACAAUGCGCCGUUCAAGGCAGAGAUCCUGCAGGAGGCACAGCGCAGGCGCCAACAGGAAGAGGAACUGAAGCAGAACCGGAAACUGGAGCGACAGAAGGAAGUGGCGAAGAGACGCAAGUUGGACGAGAAGAAAAAGAAAAACUCUGAGAAAAGAGAAAAAAGGGAUAAUAAGAAGAACAAAGGGACAAAGGCGGCCGAGAGUGCGGAGGUGGUUUCCUGCCGUCACGUGAACAAGGUACUGGAACAGUCUGAUGUUGUACUGGAAGUUCUGGACGCCAGGGACCCUUUGGGCAGUCGAUGUGCCCAAGCUGAGGAGGCGGUGCUUAAAUCUCCCAACAAGCGGCUUCUGCUGCUCCUCAAUAAAGCCGAUCUUGUACCCAGGGACGUUCUAGAGAAAUGGCUGCAGGUUCUGACUGCGGAGCUUCCCACCGUGCCAUUCAGAUGUCUGCCCCAAGCGCCAAGCAAGAGCCCGGGUAAGAAGCACAAGGUGCCCAACACUGCGGAUUUGUGCACAGAGAACAGAUGCCCCGGGGGGCAAGUCUUGCUUAGGAUCCUUCACAGCCUCUGCCCGUCCCAAAGCGAUGCCAUUAAAGUUGGAGUAAUAGGGUUCGCCAACGUGGGGAAGAGCAGCGUCAUCAACAGCCUGAAGCAGUCGCACGUGUGUAACGUCGGCCCAACCAAAGGCACCACGAGGGUUCUGCAGGAAGUGCGACUGGACCCCCAGAUUAGGAUGUUGGAUAGCCCCGCCCUGGUGGUGUCGCCCCAGAAUGCGCCGCUGGCCGUCAUGUUGAGGAGCGUGUCGGACUGUAACGUGGACGUGUUGGCUGCGGUGAGCGCCAUCUUGAAACACUGCUCCAAGCAGGAGCUGAUGUUGCACUACACUCUCCCCGACUACCGCAACAGCCUGGAAUGCGUGACGCUACUGGCGCAGAGGAGGGGCCUGCUGAAGAAAGGGGGCGUGCCUGACACUGAGGCUGCCGGCCGGCUGCUCUUUAAUGAUUGGAUGGGAGUGAGGAUGAAGUAUUACUGCCAGCCCCCCGACUCUCCCGGGGUUCAGCCCCACAUCACCAAGGAGGUUACGGCGGCGAUGAGCAGCGGCAUCUGUAGCGAGCAGCUGGCCCAGGACAACGCUUCUACCCUCAAAGCUCUAAAGUGCCCCAGUCCUGCCAACCUAGUCGUCUUCACGUCAGUUGGGCCCACAGGCGCCAUCAUGGAUGAGAGGCAAUUGGUGGAACCAGAACCAAUUGAGGAGGAGUUGGAAGCAAAUGAUGGAGAGGAGGAUGUGGAGGAGGAGCAUGAGGGCAGUGAGGAGGAAGAGGACGAGGAAGUAGAACAGGAAGUGGUGUCUGCAAAAGAACAGGAAGUGGUGUCUGCAAAAGAACAGGAAGUGGUGUCUGCAAAAGAACAGGAUUCUAAGUCGGCCGGCCCCUCGGUGAGCUUCGAUCAGGCGCAAGAGGACGACGCUUACGAUUUCAACACGGAUUUUGUAUAAAGUGCGGCCGGGAGUCUGGGAAGUGGCUGCUCUGCACCUCAUUGGCUGGGAGUCUGGGAAGUGGCUGCUCUGCGCCUCAUUGGCCGGGAGUCGGGGAAGUGGCUGCUCUGCGCCUCAUUGGCUGGGAGUCGGGGAAGUGGUUGCUCUGCGCCUCAUUGGCCGGGAGUCUGGGAAGUGGCUGCUCUGCGCCUCAUUGGCUGGGAGUCUGGGAAGUGGCUGCUCUGCGCCUCAUUGGCUGGGAGUCUGGGAAGUGGCUGCUCUGCGCCUCAUUGGCUGGGAGUCUGGGAAGUGGCUGCUCUGCGCCUCAUUGGCUGGGAGUCUGGGAAGUGGCUGCUCUGCGCCUCAUUGGCCGGGAGUCGGGGAAGUGGCUGCUCUGCGCCUCAUUGGCCGGGAGUCUGGGAAGUGGCUGCUCUGCGCCUCAUUGGCCGGGAGUCGGGGAAGUGGCUGCUCUGCGCCUCAUUGGCUGGGAGUCGGGGAAGUGGCUGCUCUGCGCCUCAUUGGCUGGGAGUCGGGGAAGUGGCUGCUCUGCGCCUCAUUGGCUGGGAGUCGGGGAAGUGGCUGCUCUGCGCCUCAUUGGCUGGGAGUCGGGGAAGUGGCUGCUCUGCGCCUCAUUGGCCGGGAGUCUGGCCACUGUCACCCUGCCCUGUGGCCUCUGGGAUUGGCUGAUCCUAAGCUGCAGUCGGCCUCUGUGGCCCUUACGGGUCCCGGGGGGAGGGGGGGGGGGCGUGCUAGAGAUUGGGCCAAAUGCUCCAUCGCAUGGAGAAUCUCUUGGGUUCUGUGAAUCUCAUUAUUAUCUGUUUGUGUGAAUGAGGCUCAAACGCACCUCCAAAUAAAUGGACUUUCCAACGG